CAGGCGCCGAGCGCCGUGGAGCGGGACAGGCGGGGACCGGGCUCCGGGAGGGCUCCCCGCGAAACGCCGCCGCGCGCGGGCCGCGUCAGCCCCCGAGCCCGUCCCGCGGCCUCUCGGUGCUGCGGGCGAGGAGACGGCGAGGCCGGGGCCGUGCGGUCACGGCAGCGGAGAGGCGCCGGGGCACCGGGCUCGUGUGGUACCGUCACCGUGAGCUGCGACCGGGAACCUGGAUAUCGCCACCGCUUUCGCCAGCCUUGUCCCGGUGCGGGAGAUAAGGGAACUGCAGCCGGGGAAAAAUGAUUUCUGAAAGCAACUCCUUCAUCAAGGGUGUGGUGCUUGGAGGAGCCUUCUGCAUGUUGGUUACGCUCCUCGGACACAUUAAGGUGGGCCACGGGACCAAAGCCCGUCACCACGAGCAUCAUCACAUCCAGGCUCCCAACAAGGAGGAUGUCUUAAACCUUUCAGAAGGUGAACGCGUGGAGCUUAGUAAAAACAUCCAUGUUUACUGUAUCAUCCUUGUCAAACCAAAAGAUCUAGGGCACUGGGCUGCAGCAAGGGAGACCUGGAGCAAGCACUGUGACAAGGCAGAAUUCUACAGCUCGGAAAAGGUCAAAGUGUUCGAUUCUGUAGCCGUCAACACAAACGAUAUGUGGGCGAUGAUGCGGAAAGCUUACAAGAUAACGUACGAACGCUAUAAGGAUGAAUUCAGCUGGUUCUUCCUUGCAUAUCCAACAACAUUUGCUAUAAUUGAAAAUCUCAAGUAUUUCUUACUGAAAAAAGACCCCUCUCAGCCUUUUUACAUAGGCCACACGGUGAAAUCUGGUGACCUUGAGUAUGUAGAUGGCGAGGGAGGAAUCGUCUUAAGCAUUGAGUCACUAAGACGACUCUCCCAUGUUCUUGAAGACCCUGACAAGUGUCCAGAGCAGGGAGGUAUGAUUUGGAAACUGGCGGAGGACAAACAGCUGGCGAUCUGCCUGAAGUACACCGGCGUGUUUGCCGAAAACGCUGAAGAUUCCGAAGGGAAGGACGUCUUUAACACCAAAUCCGUGGGGGCCCUCAUUAAGGAGGCCAUGUCCACCCACCCGCAGCAGGUGGUGGACGGCUGCUGCUCCGACAUGGCCAUCACCUUCAGCGGGCUGGCCCCCAACCACAUGCACGUGAUGAUGUACGGCGUGUACCGGCUCCGGCCCUACGGCCACUCGUACAGCGACGCCCUGGUCUUCCUGCCCCCGCCGGGCUCGGACAACGACUGAUGCGUCCUCAGGGAAGGCCUGGAAACGUGGAGUCGGCUCUUCUCACGACACACAGUUGUACUGACGCGUUGUGGUACCGGUGUACAGGUUCUUUUGCACACUGAGGGUUGGUAAAGCUCUUAAUUUUGAAAGUGGAAGGAGAAUUUUUUUUUUUCUAAAUCUUUUAUAGGGAAACGCUUCUGGCUUUUGACAGGGCUGGAAUGAAAUGAUAAAAAGAAGAUGUUAAUGUUUAUUAUAAAAGGAAAUUAAGUUUAUAGGGGGGGUUUGUACAUGUAAAUAUUUAUUAAUGAAAACUGAAAUGAACUUUAGUCUACUCUUAAAAAUAUAUUUUUGCAAGACUUUGAUUAUUUCCGUUCUUCCAGGCAUUUCUAGAAUGUCUUUAUAUCUUUCUAAGUUGUACCAAUAAAACUGACUACAGAUUCAGUCUCAAA